AUGGGAAAUAAAAUCUUAAUAGGCUGUUUUGUCGGUCUCCUUUCGUCUGCUUGUCAAUCCGUUGGCCUCAUUCUUCAGAGAAAAUCGCAUCUGGCCAAUGAGUUCGCUGCUCGAAGUGGCCAUCAACUGUCCCCAUACAAAAGAUCGUUGUGGCAUCUAGGCUUUUUGUUAUUCAUCAUCUCUAAUGUUUUCGGUUCUACUAUCCAGCUUUCUACUCUUCCACUGAUUGUAUUAAGUCCUCUUCAGUCAAUAGGCUUGGUGUUUAAUACCGUAUUCAACACAUUAAUUUUACAUGAGCAAUUUACUCGAAAAUCUCUUUAUGGAACUAUGUUGGUUGGUGUGGGAGCAUUCUUGAUCGCAUUAUGCGGCGGGGGUAUUGGUGAACCAAAAUAUGAUCUUGCAGACUUCAUGGUGCUUUUGAGUCAAAAGGAAUUUGUUGCUUGGAUAAGUGUGGAAUUUGGGGUAAUUAUUCUCAUUCUUUGUUGGAUAAUCGUAUCUUCAUGUGAAACUUCCCGCGAAUCAAGACAAGGCCAGGACAGUCGUUGUAUACAAGUCUUUCAUGGAUUUGAUGCGAAAUUGAAGGAACUUCUCAGAAGUGUCCAGGAAAACGCGUCAAACACCAAUUCAUUUUUUCACUUUUCAACAAUUAUCUUCAAGGAAAAGAUGCUUCGACUUCUUUUGUGGGCCCUUCACUGCAACUCUGCUGUCUACAAUUCAUUGUUUGUUUUCCCAUUGGGGACUAUAAAGUCAAUCCAAGGUAUAUUAUAUGGAGUUACAUCAGGUAUACUUUCCGCUCAGUCUUUACUGCUCGCAAAAUCUGCGAUAGAGAUAGCUCUUUUGACUCUCACUAAUCGCAACUUUAGGCAGUUGAACAGUUCACUGGUCUACCUGCUAGUAUUUGUUUUCCUAGUGCUUUGUUUGUCACAAUUGUUCUUGCUCAACCAGGGACUGAAACUGAUUAGCACUUCCAUCUUAUACCCGUUAGUAUUUUGUGUUUACAACAUCUCAAGCAUAUCUAAUGGGCUGACAUUCUACAGGCAAUGGUCCCAAUUUUUUGGAGCAGCUGGAUUUUUCAUUUUCUUGGGGACGGUUUUGGUUGUUUGUGGCGUCUUUGUUUUGAGUGAAUCAUCUAAGCACGCAGAGACUCGGUAUUACAGCUCUUCCAGAUCCAAAUCUACCAUAAGCUCGCCUUUAUUUGAUCCAGAAUUUCAAGACUAUCAAAGUAUAGCUCAAAUAACUCCCAAAUCAAAAAACACUAGAAGGUUGUCUCUCAAGGAACGAGUUAUGUCUUCCAUGUUUUCUUUAACAGACCCUUCAGAUCCAGAGAGUCCGUAUUACGAUCCAUUGUGCGUUGGUACGUCACCAUCUGGAGCCUCAAACAGAUCUUUGCCAGCGGACUUGAUAAAACCAAUUAUCAAAAAAACUGGCAAGAAUAUCAAUAAUGCUAGCCGAAAAGUCUCAGGUUUUUUAAAAAGGUCGAUCGAGAGCAUACAAACGACUCACGCCAGCUCACAUCACCAAUCACACAAUCAAGAUAAAAGCGCGAUAUCCUCCAACAUAUAUGGAGAAAGUCCCCAAGUUCUUGAUGCAUGCUCAAAACAGACGGAAUACGUGUCGUUUGAUUCUCUGAGAGAGUUCAAAAACAGGAAUGAGACGAGACUAGCAUCUAUAUCUUUCAAGGACUGGCCUAAAACUAUCCCUAAAGGUAAUCAACAAUUACCGGAUUUUCAAGAUUCUGCUUUUAAGUCUAUGAGCUGCGUUCCAAUCUCAAAGAAUUUUCAGCUGACAUCAAGUACGCCUAUUGAUUAUCACGGAUCUAGUUUGCGCUCCGAUCAGUCUACCAGUCCUACAAAACAAAAGAGAAGGCAAAGAUAUGCAGAGAGAUGGUUUUCAGGAAGCGAGGGGUCUCAUAAAACCCUGCCCCACGGAGACCAGACUGAAGACACUUUUUUAAACGAACCAGGGUCUCCCAAACGUGUACCAUCUUAUUCUCUCAAUUCAGAUGAUGACUACAAUCCUCACAAUGCAUUCAACUUCUCACUAAAUAACACAAUCGAUGAAAUACAUAAUCAGCUCAAAGGUGACCAGGAAGAAGGGGCAACAUAUAGAAGUCCAAACUCAACUAAGUCUUUGCUCGACAGCAUUGAUCAUGACGAUAACAAUCUGAUAUCAGACUUGAAUCAAGCAAAUCCGACAUCCACUUCUGUCACAAAUUUCAGUACAUACUUAAGUGCACAUAACGCUCACGACAAGUUCUUAAGCACGGACAAUAAACUGCAUAGCUCAGUGAAAAAUUGGAAAAGAGUCUACUCUUACGAACAAAAACGGGUACAGGAAGAAUUAACACAACCAUAA